AUGACACAAUUACCCCAACCAGAUCUAUCGUCUAGCUCUUACCCUUCCCACAUCUCCUCCAUCACCAUCGUCGUCUGCUCCGGCCACGCCACUGCUUCCGGCGGUUCCGACGACACAAUUCACCUCUACGACCUCCCUUCCUCAUCCUCCCUCGACUACCUCCUCGACCACAACCACACAGCUUCAAUCACCGCCCUCUCCUUUUACACUCCCUCUUCCCUCUCAAUCUCAUCUCCGCCGCCGCCGAUGGCUCUGUCGCGAUCUUCCAUCCCUAUUUUCAUGGAGCUCUAUCAGAAGAGCAUAAUUUACGGAUUGGCACCUGUUGAAGUCAAGAAGCCAAGUCUACCUCUUUUGUCACAACCAAUCAACCUUUCAGAUAUUUUUCUGAAUAGAUCAAAACUGUUUGUUGGAUUCUCUGCUGCAACAGGGAACGCUGUGAGUGAUCACUAUAUUCUUUGGUGGAGUUUCAGCACAAGGAAAGGAGAAUCAUCACUGGACUUGACAUCUCAAAACUUCCUCAAGUUCCUUGUCCUAAACCUCUUCCUACAGUUCAUCCUAAAGCUCGGCAUAAGAUGCUACCUACAUGGAUUUAUUGCUCUGGUUGUUUGUGUGGUGAUUAUGGUGUUGGCUGUUCUUGCAGGAGUUUAUUUCCACAGGAGGAAGAAGUUUCAGAAGUUUCUGAAACAUGGGAAAAGGAGUUUGAUGCGCAUCGGUUCUCUUACAAGUCUUUAUACAAAGCAACAAAAGGGUUUAGUAAAGAUGAGUUUCUAG